AUGGCCAACCAAGCCUCAUGCAGUUUCCUCGAUGAACAGCACGAAUCAGCGUCGUACUCUGUGGCCUAUGUCAGCAGCCUCGAAGAACGGCUGCGGGUGUUGGAGCAAGAACGCCGAUCAGAGAUCGAGGGCUCUGCACUUGGAGCGAUGGCUUCUGAGACGCAAGGCCACUUCCCAUCGCCAUCAGUGCAGUCCAGAUCGUAUCGUCGUAGUUCAGCCGCCUCGCACGAUGAACUGACCGAUGAGCAUUCAGAAAUAAUUGUCACGAAUGCAGAUGUCUUCUCUAUGCCUGACGUCACGCCUGCAACAAGACCUCGAACCAGUACUACUACGCCUGACUCAUCCAGUCCUCAGGCUCGCUCCGGGGAGACACUUGCGAGCAAUCUAAAGUCCAUUUCACUUGCAGCUGUCGCGGAGCCGUACCUCGGUGCCAUGUCUGGCUUGACAUUCGCCAAACUCACACAAGCUGUGCUACGCCGCUUGGCUCCGGACGGAGGUGACUUUGUGUUCAAUCCACAGUUCGAUGGGGUGAAUUUUCCCGUCGAUGGGGUGACAACCACACAUCUAGAUAUCAUGAGCAACAUGUACUUUGAGUACGACUCGGCUGUUACAUCCUCCUGGCUCGCUGGCGACAACGCCAUGCCGGUGACCAAGACACUCUUCCCAGUAGAGACAUCAUUUCUUCUCCCCCUCCCCGAGCGCUCUGAGGCGAUGCGGCUGGCAACAUUCUAUUUCGAUCAUUCACAUACUCUAUAUCCCAUCGUGAGCAGAAGAGAGGUCAUGUCGGAUUUGAAUUGGGCUCUUGAGAACCCGGAUCGUCAGCCCACGCAAUCCCCGCCCAGCGCGUUCAGGAUAUGGAUGAUUCUGGCAAUAGCAUCCACAGCUCACUCAUCAAUUACGCUCAAUGAAGAGUCGACUUCGAGACAGUAUUACGAGAAGGCAAUGACCUAUUUUGAAGCGGCGAUGGACUACGGAGACAUUGCUGCGCUGGAGGCGAUCAUGUUACAGGUGUCGUACUCGUUCUUCAACCAAUUGGGCCCCAACACAUGGUUUCUUGUGGGAACGGCUGCACGUUUGGCCAUCGGCAUGGGCUUCCAUUGCGAGGCAGCUUACCACGGCUUACCAAGAGAAGAUGUCGUACGACGUCAGCGGCUCUUCUUCUCGAUAUAUAUGAUGGAUAGACUGGUGUCAAUCACGCUGGGCCGACCUUUCUCGCUGCAUGAAGACGAUAUUGACAUUAAUCCAUUCGCCAUCGAUCUCGACGAUGCCCUUGAUGCUGAUCCAGACGUCCCUCAAAGUACGCUGUGCCAACCCCCACUAGCCAUCACAGCUCAUAUACUGCGACUCCGCAAAAUCGCAAAUGACAUCGCCACUAAGGUUUACUGCAAGCGCGUCGUCGCACGGUUAACCGAGCACCAACGACGAGAGGUCCUGACGUCUCUGCACCAAGAUUUGGUUGAGUGGCGACAAAGCGUGCCUUUCCCGCUGCCAAACCUUCACCGCUUGGUUCCCCAAGGCUGCAUGUCAUGGUAUGACUUGAACUUCUGCACACAUCUCACAGCCCUCUACAGGCCAUCUCCACUGUUUCCUACCCUCGACGUCGCAAGAGUCGCCAUCUUGGCGGAAACAUCAGCCAUGGCGGUUCGUCAUGCUUCUAGCAUGUAUAUGCAGAAGCGCCUGUCGUUCAACUGGCUGACAAUGCUAACACUCUACAAUUCGGUCAUCGCGUUGGUAUACUCGGUCACGGUACAGCCUCAAAGCAUUGCCACGACCAUAGAACGAUCAAGCGCCAUCGAAGAUCUCGAGCUUGCGACGGACAUAUUCAAGGCGCUCGGAAGAAAGUUUCCGGCUGCCAGAACUCUCGACAUGCUGGUGGCUCAAAUAAUUGAGAGGUACAAGUCUGUAAGCAGUGUCUCACUGCACUGA